AUGUCUCGAAAGAAGGUGAAGCUUGCCUACAACCAAAACCGCACGACUCGAAAACUAACAUGCAAAAAAAGAAAGAAGGGUUUUAUGAAGAAGAUGAGCGAAAUCACUACCCUUUGUGAUGUUGAGGCAUGUGCUGUCGUUUACGGACAGAACGAUACUCAGCCCGAGGUUUGGCCAUUUCCUUCGGGAGUACAAAGCACUUACGCGAAGCUCAGGGAAAUGCCGUCAAUGGAGCAGACGAAAAAGCAACUGAACAUGGAGACUUUUCUGAGGCAGAGAAUCGACAAGACAAGGGAACAGCUGAGGAAACAGAAGAAGGAGAACCGGAAGAAGGAAAUGUCAAUCCUGAUGAGCCAGUGCCUGACUGGGAGGUCCCUUCAAGAUCUGAACAUGGGGGAUCUGAAUGACCUAGGGUGGGUGGUUUACCACACAGUGAAGGAGAUCAAUAAAAAGGUGAAGAAAGUGAAUGACGAACUGGCUUGGAGCGGGAGCAGUCAAGUCCAAGUUGUACCAACAUCCCCACCGCCCCCAUCGAUCAGUGGGGAAAUGAUGAACUUGCAACAAGCUCAAUCUCAGGUUGUACCCAUGGAGAUGACGACCCCAGAAGACCAGCAGCCGCAACAGCAGCUGGCAGGGCUUGGAGCAAACACGGGACGACUUUCUGCCCUUUGAGAACCAGGACCACCAUGCUAUGUGGCCUAAUACUCCAUUUUUCCCUUAAACGUCGGCGACGUACUGUUUAGUUUUCUUAUGAAAUGAACCACAUGAGUUUCUCACCAAUGUUUGAAUAAUUAUGUG